AUGGGCAACGGGAUGUGCUCCCGAAAACAGAAGCGGAUUUUCCAGACCCUCCUGCUCUUGACUGUGGUGUUCGGCUUCCUCUACGGGGCGAUGCUCUACUACGAGCUGCAGGGCCAGCUGAGGAAGGCUGAGGCCACGGCGCUCAAGUACCAGCAGCAUCAGGAGUCCCUCUCAGCUCAGUUACAAGUUGUAUAUGAGCACAGGUCAAGAUUAGAAAAGUCAUUACAAAAGGAAAGGCUUGAACAUAAGAAAGCGAAAGAAGAUUUUCUUGUUUAUAAACUAGAAGCACAGGAAACACUAAAUAAAGGAAGGCAAGACUCAAAUAGCCGAUACAGUGCGCUGAGUGUACAACACCAGAUGUUGAAGAGUCAACAUGAAGAACUAAAGAAACAGCAUGCUGACCUUGAGGAAGAUCACCGAAAACAAGGAGAAGAGUUUAGCAGGACGUUCAGUGAUCACAAGGAGCGGUACUUACAACUGCAGCAGGAAAAAGAGCAGGAGAUCUCUAAGCUGAAGGAAUCCCUGUAUAACUUACGGGAGGAGAACAGACAGUUGAGAAAAGCUCACCAAGACAUUCACACCCAGCUACAAGAUGUCAAGCAACAGCAUAAGAACUUACUCUCCCAACACAACCAGCUUGUAGUGACAUUGGAAGACCACAAGAGUGCACUAGCUGCUGCACAGUCCCAGGUGGAGGAAUACAAGCAGUUGAAGGACACGCUCAACAAAAUGCCAACGUUCCGACAGCCUGAGAAGGCAGAACUACCGAACGAGCAACCAGAGGUGCGAGUGCUGUCUCCCCACAGUGACCUCCCGAUACACCAUGAAGCUGUGGCUGAAGAGCAUAAGGAGAAUGAGAAGCCAAAAGAGAGAGAAGAAAUAAAUACCCAGGAAAAAGAAGAGAGAGCUGAGCCUUUUCAUCUGCAAGGAAGGGCUAAUGAGGGCCAGCAUGCCAAAGGACUAAAUAUUCAGGAGCAACAAGAAGCUGGAGAGGAUGAUGAGCGACAUGUUGAUCAAGUUGAAGAGGAACGCAAAAAAGAACUUGAAGAGGAAGAAAUGGAGCAGGCAGGUCAGCCUGAGCACUUAGAGGAGGAACAGGAUCAAGUACCAGAAGAGCAUGAGUGGAAAAAACAGGAACAGAAAGAAGAAGAAACCAACAUGUUGGGCGAUCAUCUUCAUUCAGAGAUAACAUCAACAAAAGCUGUAACAAAGAGACAUAAGCCAGCUUAUGAACAACAACUAGAGCAGCAACAUCUUGCAGCCCAAAGAGCAGAGGAAGCCUAUCAGCUACGAGAGCAUCAGGAAUCGCUACACCAGCAGAGACUGCGAGGGCAACUAUUACGGCAGCAACAGCUUCAAGAAAAAGAGCUUCAGCUGCAGAAACAGGCAGAACAAGGAGACAAACUCUAUAAAAACCGGCUAAGCCAACAGGCUCAUUUUGAUAAUGUGGACCAUGAUAUUGUCCAAGGGGAAGAAGAGCAAGGUAUCCAGGAAGAGGAAGGAGCUUAUGAACGUGACAACCAGCACCAGGAUGAAGGUGAAGAUGAUGAUCAAAAUAAUGCAAAUGAGCAGCAAGAACCAGAACAUCAAGUAGAAAAUCAGCAGGCUGAUGAAUCAAAGGCAGCCAUGGAAGAUGUGAAUCCUGCUGAUGACCCCAACAAUCAGGGAGAAGAUGAAUUUGAGGAAGCUGAGCAAGAGAGAGAAGAAAAUCUACCAGAUGAAAAUGAAAAGCCCAAGCAAACCAGUCAGAAACAAGGGCAGCCGGGAAUGGAAGAGCACCUAGUGAUGGCAGGAAAUCCUGACCAGCAGGAAGAUAAUGUGGAUGAACAAUACCAGGAAGAAGGAGAAGAAGAGAUCCAGGAAGAUUUGACUGAAGAGAAGAAACGAGAACUGGAACGCAAUGCUGAAGAGCCAUAUGGUGAAAAUGACGAAAAUGCAGAUGAAAAGAAUAAUGGAGGGGCAGAUCAAGAGCAAGAAAUGCAAGACGAGAACAACCAGAAAGAAGCUCGUGAAGAGAACUAUGAGGAGGAAGAGGAGGAAGAGGAAGGCAGAGAUGUUGCAGCAAAAACUCGUAGACGAGGGGAGAUGUAGUCCUCUUCAUUUUUU